AUGAUGGUCCCAUAUAGAUUUCUCAAUAUUGUCAAUGGUCUCAUUAAAUCUAGCAAUGAGGCAGCAAUGAAAGACGUUGUUUAUGAAUUAGUUGAUGAUGAUGAAAAGGUAGGAGGUUUUAAAAUUUAUUUAAUUGUAGAAUCAACUGCAUGGAACAAGGCAAUCCGUAUUUAUAACUCUGAUCAUGUUGAUUCUGGUUUAGAUUAUUGUGAGGUUAAAGCAGGUGAUUCAACAGGUAAACCAGCAACCUCUGAUCCAAAAUACAAAGUAGAUUCUGAAAGAAUCAACUGGCCAAAGAAUGAUGAUCCAGUUAGAUUAUGUUUCAUGAAACCAGGUGCUUUUGGUGUUUGGACUACUGUUUACGAUAUUAACAUUCCAAAAGAAGAUCGUACCAAAUUUGGUGGUAAAGCUCUCUACAUUUACUGGAGUAAUGAUGGUACUAAACUCUUCUCUGAACCAGCCAACAGAUUAAAGAAGGGAAAACUUUAUUAA